AUGAAGUCAGAAGAUCCAGCUGUAGUUGUAAAGGCUACCCAGAGGGCUGACCUCUUUCUUCAUAACACAGAAGGAAAUGUUACAUUUGAUUCUGAUGGUCUUAGAGUCAAGAUAAACAAAACCAUUAUAAAUAAGAAAGCCUCUGAAAGUAAUCCAUUGCAAAGUGAAGAUAUUUCACCUGAAGCAUUCAUGGCUUAUGUAGAGAAAGAUGCAAGCACAAGAGCAGCUGACAGAAGAGAACGGAAGGCAAUUGCUGAUGGCUAUAAGAAAAAAGCCAAUGAAGCCUUCAGGGCUAAAGAUUAUGAAAAGGCACUGGACCUCUACAAUAAGGCAAUUGAACAAGUCAAGGACUGCUGCUUACUUUAUACAAACCGAGCUCUGACAUGCCUCAACUUACAUCUUUACUCUCGUGUUAUUUCUGACUGUGAGUUGGCACACAGAUUAAAUAAAAACAAUUUAAAAGCUUGGCUGUAUAAAGCUCAAGCUUAUCAUGAAAUGGGAGAAGAAAGUAAAGCUACUGAUUGCCUUAAAGAAGCAGAGUCACGGAAUCCUGGCAGCAAAGCACAGAUACAAGAAUAUAUGUCUUUUGAAGCCACAGCAACAAAAUGAGCAAACAUUAAAUUAUUAACCAAUAAAUUAAAUAUGACCUAUUCAUCUUCUCAAAGCUAAAUGCACUGCUAUCUAAC